GACUUUUCCCCUCUGGAAGUUGCUCACGGGUUCAACAUGAGUCUGUACGGCUCCCAGAAGGGUCUGAACAGGAGGGUCAGCUCCAAGAGCGACCUCGGCGGCGGAGGAACAUACAGCUACGCGCGCAGUGAGGUGCUGCAGGGAGGGGGCAAUGGAUACGACCCCUAUAUGGACGGAUACAACACGUACAGCUUCACCGCCAAGACCAUGGGGAGCGGGAUGAGUUCUAGCACUCAUGCUGUCCACCAGAAAGCCAUGAUGCUUCAGAACAACUGCCAAGAAUACCUGAAGCAAGCUGAAUACGCCCUUCAAAUUGGCAAUUCUGGAGAUGCAGAGCAUUUCAUGAUCAAAGCCAGAGAGACCAUCGAACAGCUGAAGAGCUGUGCCCUGGACCUGCGGCAGUUGGGUCAGCCCAGUGAAAACGUCAUGAGGACCAUGGAGAUAUAUAAGGAUCAGCUGAAGGGGGUCCACAUGGCCUUAACUGGCUCCAUGCGCCGGAGAAAGAGCGGCAGAGCAGGCAGCACCUCUGGGAUUGCAGUGGGAGGAGGGGGCUGGGAGGAGCCCCCACGGAGCUACCAGGAUGCUAUGGCAUGGAUCGGACAGCACAAGCGUCUGAUUGAAACUGCUCCUUGGGGAGAUGAUGCAACAACCAUCGACCAGCAGCUGAUCAGCCACCAAAAGUUUCACAGCUCCAUCCAGAGAAGCCAGGAGGUGGACAAGGCCAGGGAUGACCUAAUGAAAAAAGGUGACAGAGCAAAUCUUCACGCGCUAGAUCAAGAGUGGGACAGUCUGCAGCAAAUGUCUUUUGCAAGGAUUCAGCAGUUGAGAGACCUUCUGCAGAUUAUCCAGGAAAUUUCCAGAGAGAUUAUGUGGGUGAACGACAAAGAGGAGGAGGAGCUGGUGUUUGACUGGGGAGACAAAAACAUUGACCAGUACAUUCCCAAGAAACAGGAGAGCUACUCGAAACUGAUGAGUGAGCUCGAGGAGAAGGAAAAAGAUCUGAAUAAACUUAAAACUAAAGGUGAUACGCUUCUUAAAAACAACCAUCCUGCAUCUGACAAGAUUGAGGCUUACAGAGACACACUGCAAACUCAGUGGAGUUGGCUUCUCCAAAUUACAAAGUGUAUUGAUACACACCUGAAGGAAAAUGCUGCCUAUAGCCAGUUCUUUAAAGAGGCCAAUGAGACAUACACAUCUCUGCAAAAGGAACACGAGAAUGUGCGGAAAAGGUUCACCUGUGACAAAGAAACUCCUCUGGAAAAACUUCUAGAGCUUCUUAAAGCCCUGGAGAGGGAACGAGAGAAGAUCAAGGACCACAAAAGACAGGUUCAGCAUUUGGUAAUCAAGUCAAAGAGCAUCGUGAGACUGAAACCUCGAAAUCCAGAGGAGCCCAAAAGUAGCAACCCUGUCAUUGUGAAAGCCCUCUGUGACUUCAAACAGGACCAGAAGGUGAUCUUGAAGGAUAAUGAGGCCAUUCUGAAGGACAACAGUCAGCGCAGUAAGUGGCAGGUGACCGGACCAGGAGGACUGGACAUGAUGGUGCCCUCGUGUCUGAUCAUCCCACCACCAAAUCCUAUAAGCAUCAGCCUGGCUAACAAGAAUGAGCAGUACUAUGAAGCCAUCCUAUCUGUAUGGAAUCAACUCUUCAUCAAUGUCAAAAGCCUCAUCUCUUGGCAAUACUGCCUUCUGGAUAUACAAAAAAUUAACUCUCUCACUGUCACCAUGCUGGCAAAGAUGCGUCCUGAAGAGUACCGUCAGAUAAUCAAGAGUCUGGAGUCUCACUAUGAGGAGUUCAUGCGCAGCUCUCAGGGCUCACAGAUGUUUGCAGAGGAAGACAAGAGGAGCAUCGAAACACAGUUCAAUGUCGCCCAGACCCAUUAUGACCAACUGGUGGUGCAGCUGCAAUCGUAUGUUGCACAAGAGCAAACGACAGAGGUGGAAGAAAUGGUUGAGCAGCAUCAGCAACAGCAUGUCCAAGUGAUUGAGCAGCCCCAGAUCCAGCCCCAGCAAAUACAACUACUGCAGCAAACAGUAACACCGCCACAGCAUUUCAUAAUCAUUCAGCAGCAGCAACCUGAUGAAGAAGCAUUCAGAUUGGAGCAAAUGAGAAGACUUGAAGAGGUUCGUAGACUGGAGGAAGAGACAAGAAGGCUGGAGGAGGUGAGACGGUUGGAAGAGGUGAGACGGUUGGAGGAGGUCAGAAAGUUGGAGGAAGCAAGACUAGAGGAAGUGAGGAGAGCUGAAGAGGCCAAGAGAGCUGAGGAGGCCCGGAAGUUAGCAGAAGAAGCACAAAGAGCAGAGGAGGAAGCACGUCACCUUAAAGAAGUUGAGAGACGCAAAGCCGAGCUGAGAAAACUGUCCGAGAGGAAAGUGGAGGUGAGAACUGUGAAAGUGACCAAAGCGGAACCAGUCAGGAGAAGGACUAUCCAUUCUUCAUCAUCAUCAUCCUCCUCUACAUCAUUCCUGAGCCUGACUGAGCUGCAGGCACUUCGGAUGCGUCUGGAGGCGACUGAAAGCACACUGAGUCAGCAUAUUCACAUCUGCCUAGGAGAUGAAGGGCUGCAGGACUGUAGUCUUAAGAUCCAACAGUUAGAGAUGGUGCAGCGUGAUGUGGACUUAAUGAGGGAGGUCUAUCUGAAUUUGAGGGAACGCAUCAUGAAGGAGCUGGGUGGCAUGAGUGACUCUGACAAAGCCCAGUUCCUCCGCAAUGAAAUUGGAGUUAUCAACCAAAGACUGGCCGAUUUGGAAAGCAGUGCAUCUGCCUAUCUGCAGAGGCUUCGGGCCCUGAGAGACAUGCUGGAGAGUGUGGCUCGGACAGAGGAUAUAGUGAAAGUUCAUGAAGCCAGAUUAACAGAGAAGGAGACAACAUCCCUAACACCCCAAGAAGUGGAGAGUUACAUUUCAACACUUAAGAACAUUCAAGUAGAACUUGAACAUAAAAGGGACAUUGUUUCCUCUAUGGAGGCAGAGCUGGCAAAGGCAACCCACUGGAAUGGCCAGGUUAGCGGACCUUACCACAGAUGUGAUAUGAUGCUGUCCAAAUACACAGAGCAGGUCAACCAGCUGUCUGAUCGAUGGAGGCGCAUUCAAGCUCAGAUUGACACAAGACUCCAGGAUCUGCAGCUCUACCUGCCUCAGCUUAAAAACUAUCAAGAAACCAGCACAUCACUUAGGGACUGGAUUGACAUGACAAGAAAGAAACAAGAUGCUCUUGUAGCAACCAAAACCAACAAUGUUGAAUCACUGAGAGAUCUCAUCAACAACCAGAAGUCUCUAAACUCGGAAAUCAUAGCAAAGAGGGGAGAAGUAGACAGUGUUCUUAAGGACAAUGACGCUUGUGUCACCUCAAUAAAAGAUUAUGAGACAGACCUUACAGCCUACAGCUCAGGUUUAGAGACCAUACUUAAUGUCCCUAUCAAGAGAACAAUGCUGAAGUCACCAUCCAUGGACUUGAAUCUUGAGGCCACCCAAAUACAGACUCGCUAUAUGGAGCUACUUACCUUAUCUACUGACUAUUACAAGUAUUUGGGAGAACUGCUCAAAAACAUGGAAGAGUUGAAGAUUCGUAAUACAAGGAUUGAUCUGUUGGAAGAAGACCUGCGUUUGCUGCGUGAAGAAAUAAAAGAUCACAUAGCAAAGAACAAGUCGCUAGAAGAUGCCAUGAACCAGUACCAGCUGGAGAUGUCCCAGUCUAAAAAUCAGCUACUGUCAAUGGAAGAGGUUAAGCGCAACACAGCUCUCCAGUAUAGUGCCACAAAGGAGAACUUGGACAGUACUCAGACCCAGCUUGCUGACCUGAAUGAACAGCUAACACGAAUCAAGUAUCUACUGGAUGAAGAGAAGAGAAAGCGAAGACUAGCAGAGGAGCGCUACACCCAGCAGGAAGAAGAAUAUGACAUUACUUUGAAAAAGAGGGAAAAGGAGUUUGAAACUGUAAGUUGGUCCAAAAUUGAGGUGGAGAAAACUGUAGCAGCCAAAGAUCGUGAGAUUGACAAACUGAAACGACAGCUUGAUGAGGAUUCACUGCGCAUAAAGGAGCUACAAAGAGAAAUGUCAAAGGUAAGAAGUCAAUGUGGUGCUGAAAUCAGUAAUUUGAAAUUAAGCUUUGAAUCUCAAAUUCACAUGAGCCGAACUGAAAUGCAAAAGAUAACAACACAAAGAGAAGAGGACAUUGCAGAGCUGCAGGCACAAUGUGAGCGCAUGGAUUCUGAAAAGAGGAAUCUGGAGGAAGAACUUAGAAGAAUACGAAUUUCAAAGGAGCAAGCCGAUGAGCAAUGCAAAAGACUUGAAGAGGAGUUCCACAACCAGCAAUCUAUUAUAGAAGAAGAAGGGAAAAAGAGAAUCGAGCUAGAGAGUCAGAUAGAGACAUUAAUGAGGCAGAGGCAGGAGGAGAGUAGCCACUAUAGGGAGGAAUUAGAAGAGGCCAUGAAAAGACUGCAAGAACAGAGCAACCAGCUGGCCUAUACCACUCACAGUUUAGAAGAAGAAUCACGUAGAAGGAAAACUAUUGAGGAAGGAGAAGUGGUGCUAGAGCAGACUAUUUCACAGCUUCAACAACAGCUGACCAAUUCAACCAUGGUAGCAACUCGGCUCAGGGACUGUGAGGAUGAGCUGGAGAAGGCACGGUUUGAGUUAGAAAGGGAGGGUAAAGAAAGAGUGAGGUUAGAGCAGAAUUUGAAUAGAUUACAAGGACGUAUCAAGGAUUUACAGGGUGUACGUGAUUCACUUGAAAGCCAAGUUGAAAACCUGAGGAAAAGUAGUCAAGAGGAGUUGGCCAAAAGGAAGCAGAUUGAAGCAGAGAUGGAGAAGACGUCUGUGACUUUGAUGGAAUAUACUUGUACGAUUACAGAUCUACAGCAACUAACAAGCACCACAGAACAGAGGAGUGAUGGAGAAUUUCAUAAGUUGCAAGCCAAAUUAGAAGAUAGUUUAAAGCAAAACCAGACAACUACAGACAGACUGACAAAACUGAGUGCUGAGCUGGAAACUGUAAAGCAACAGCUGAUACAGGAACAAAAAACUGUAAAAGAGGCAAACAUAAAAAAUGAAAAUCUUUACAAAACCAUAGAGUUGAAGAGUGUGACUUUAAAUGAAAAGGAUACAGAGAUUCAGCGGUUGAAGGAGUUGACAGAGAUUCAGACUAAAGAGAAGUUGAAGAUUGAAGAGGAGCUACAAGUCGCACAACCUGAAAACAAUGAGUUAAAAAGGGCCAAGGAGGGAAAUCAUGAUGAACUUUCCUCUCAAAUAGCUGCACUAGAGCUUCAGCUGCAAGCCAGUGAGGGCAGCAAUCUAGACUACUGCAACCUGGUGUCUGAACUGACAUCUGAGAGGGAAAAACUGAAGUUGGAGACUGAGAAAAUACAAAAGGAGGCCCUUGAGAUGGCUGAAAAGGAGAGAGCUCAUAUCCACAAGCUAGAAGAAGAGCUUCGACUUCUCAAAGUGAAGGAAGAGACAGAGGUUCGACAACAAAUACCGGUGCAAACCAAGAAUAAGCCAACCAAGGCCCCUGAACAAAAGACUUCAACACCCAAGUUGGUUUUUGAAGGUGUUCGUAAGCCAGUAACUGCACAAGAUUUAGUUGACUGUGGUGUAUUAGAUAAAACAACAUAUGACGAUCUUGUUGAUGGACAAUGUACUAUACCUGAAGUUUCUGAAGAUAAAAGAAUUAAUCUCAAAGGAACAGGCCCAAUAGCUGGUGUAAUUACUGAGCGUCAGAAAGGACCUGGUUCUGUUAGAGGUUCAACCAAAAAGAUGUCAUUCACUGAAGCCAAAAAGAAGAGCAUUCUGCCUGCAGAAUGUGUGGAUUUAUUGCUUGAUGCCCAAGCAGCUACUGGACACAUCAUUGACCCCAAAACAAAUCGAAAGUUUACAGUUGAAGAAGCUUGUGACCAAGGUGUAGUUGAUAAAAAAGAUGAAGAAAGACUGCUAGCUGCUGAGGCGGCUGCAGUUGGAUAUGGUAGUCCUGGCACAAACAAACCAAUUUCAGCAUUUGAAGCUAUGAAAAGAGGACAAAUUGACAGGAACACAACUCUCCGCCUAUUACAAGCCCAGGAAGCAGUUGGGGGGAUUUUAGACCCAAUUCUAAGUGUAUUUCUUCCAAAAGAUACAGCCAUUGAACGUGAUCUUAUUGAUGAAGAUAUUUAUCAUGCUUUAUAUCAAAAACCUGAACUCUAUUUGGAUCCAGAAAGUGAAGAAGGAACAACCUACAUCUCUCUGAAAAGGAAAUGCAAAGUGGAGCCACACACUGGGCUCCUUCUUCUUCCUGUCCCUGAGAAAAUGGACCCAUCCAAACUGAUCUUUGAUGGUGUCCGUAAACCAGUGACUUCAAAACAGCUUCUUGAUUGUGGUGUCUUAGACAAACCCACUUUUAAAGCUCUUGAAAAAGGAACAAAAACUGUUCCAGAAGUGUCUGCAGACAAACGGAUACCACUCAAAGGAACAGGACCGAUUGCUGGGAUUUUAAUUGGAAAGAAAGGGAAAAUGUCUUUGGGUGAAGCAAAGAAGCAAGUGAUUAUACCACCAGAGUGUGCUGAUUUACUCCUGGAAGCUCAGGCUGCAACAGGUCAUAUUAUUGAUCCUAAAAACAAUCAGAAACUGACUGUGGAUGAGGCAUGCGACAAAGAUGUUAUAGACAUAAGCGACAGAGAGGAACUGCUGGCUGCAGAGGCAGCUGCUGUGGGCUACAAGGAUCCAUAUUCAGCCAAACCUCUGUCUGUAUUUGAGGCCAUGAAGAAAGGGCUUGUUGAUGAUGAGACAGGACUUCGUCUGCUUCAAGCACAAGAGUCUGUUGGAGGUAUUUUAGAUCCAAAUCUGAGCGUCUUCCUCCCUGAAAACACAGCUAUUAAACGUAACAUUAUAGAUGAAAACACGAGUCGUUCUCUGAAGGAGAGUCCAAAAUGUUACACUGACCCAGAAACAGAGGAAGCCAUAAGUUAUAAUGACUUAAAGAAAAGAUGUAAGACAGAGCCUCAUACAGGCCUUCUACUUUUGCCAGUGACUGAAAGACUUGAUCCAUCUAAACUAAUUUUUGAUGGUGUCCGUAAGCCAGUCACAGCACAGCAAUUGCAUGAUUGUGAGGUGAUAGACAGGCCAACGCUGAAAGAUCUACAGACAGAAAAAAAGUCCAUCCCAGAAGUUUCUGCUGACAAGAAAAUUAACUUAAAGGGGACAGGGCCAAUUGCUGGCAUAAUAGCUGGAAAACGAGAAACAUUCACUCUAAACGAGGCCAAGAAAAAAGGCAUUUUGCCUUCAGAUUGUGCAGAUCUACUACUUGAAGCUCAAGCUGCUACAGGCCACAUCAUUGACCCUAAAAACAAUAAAAAACUGACUGUGGAAGAGGCAUGUAGUAAAGAAGUGGUGGACAUUAGUGAUCGAGACCUAUUACUGGCUGCAGAGGCAGCUGCUGUUGGCUACAAAUAUCCAUAUUCAGUUAAUCCUCUAUGUGUAUUUGAGGCCAUGAAGAAAGGGCUUGUGGACGAUAAGACAGGACUUCGUCUGCUACAAGCACAAGAGUCUGUUGGGGGUAUUUUAGACCCAAAUCUGAGUGUGUUCCUCCCCGUGGACACUGCUAUAAAGCGCAAAUUGUUUGAUGAUAAUACAAACAAUCUCCUAAACCAAAGUCCAAAAUGUUACAUCGACCCGGAAACAGAAGAAGCAGUAAGUUAUAAUGGCUUGAAGAAAAGAUGUAAGACAGAGCCUCAUACAGGCCUGCUACUUUUGCCAGUGUCUGAGAAAGUGGAUCCAUCUCAACUGAUUUUUGAAGGUGUUCGCAAGCCAGUCACAGCAAAACAAUUACAUGAUUGCAAAGUCAUUGACAAGCCUAUGUUGAAAGAUCUUCAAACAGGAAAAAAGUCUGUCCCAGAGGUGUCUGAAGACAAAAAAGUUAAUCUUAAAGGAACAGGACCAAUUGCUGGAUUAAUUGCAGAAAAUGAAAAAAAGGUUUCUUUUGCAGAGGGCAAGAAGAAUGCGUUUUUAUCACCUGAAUGUGCAGAUUUAUUGCUCGAGGCCCAGGCUGCAACAGGACACAUAAUUGACCCAAAACACAAUAAGAAACUGACAGUAGAAGAGGCUUGUAACAAAAAAGUAGUGGACAUGAGUGACCGAAGCAUUUUAUUGGCUGCAGAAGCAGCCGCUGUGGGCUAUAAAGAUCCAUAUUCAGCCAAGCCUCUGUCUCUAUUUGAGGCCAUGAAGAAGGGGCUUGUUGAUGAUAAGACAGGACUUCGUCUGCUGCAAGCACAAGACUCUGUUGGCGGUAUUUUAGAUCCCAAUCUGAGUGUGUUCCUGCCAAAAGACACAGCUAUUGAACGUAAAAUACUGGAUGAUAACACUAACCGUUCUUUGACAAAGAAUCCCAAGUGUUACAUUGACCCAGAGACAGAGGAAGCUGUAAGUUAUAAUGACUUAAAGAAAAGAUGUAAGACAGAGCCUAAAACAGGUCUGCUGCUUUUCCCAGUGACUAAAAAAAUUGACUUUUCCAAAAUAAUUUUUGAUGGUGUCCGUAAACCAGUCACAGCACAGCAGUUACACGAUUGUGAUGUUGUAGACAAGCCAACACUUAAAGAUCUACAAGAAGCAAAAAAAUCCAUCCCAGAGAUAUCACUUGAGAAAAAAGUUAACUUAAAGGGAACUGGUCCAAUUGCAGGAAUCAUUAUGGAAAAAAGGGGGAAACUGUCUUUAUCUGAAGCAAAGAAGGAAAUGUUAUUGUCACCAGAGUGUGUCGAUUUGCUCCUGGAAGCGCAGGCUGCAACAGGCCAUAUUAUUGAUCCUAAAAGCAAUAAGAAGCUGACUGUGGAAGAAGCAUAUACCAAUGAAACAAUUGACAGUAGUGAUCGAGACAGAUUAGUGGAAGCAGAGAAAGCUGCUGUUGGCUACAAAGAUCCAUAUUCUGCCAAGCCUCUGUCUGUAUUUGAGGCCAUGAAGAAGGGUCUUGUUGAUGAUGAGACAGGACUUCGUCUGCUACAAGCACAAGACUCUGUUGGAGGUAUUUUAGAUCCAAACCUAAGUGUGUUCCUCCCAAAAGACACAGCUAUUGAACGGAAAAUAUUGGAUGAAAACACUAACCGUUCUCUGAACAAGAGUCCAAAGUGUUACCUUGACCCAGAAACAGAGGAUGCUGUCAGCUAUAAUGACUUAAAGAAAAGAUGUAAGACAGAUCCUCAAACAGGUCUGCUCCUUUUACCAGUGACUGAGAAACUGGAUGCAUCUAAACUGAUUUUUGAGGGUGUCCGUAAGCCAGUCACAGCAAAACAAUUGCAUGAAUGUGAUGUCAUAGACAAGCCAACACUUAAAGACCUACAGACAGCAAAGAAAAAUGUUCAACAGGUUUCUGAAGAAAAAUUUAUUAACUUGAAGGGAACUGGAUCAAUUGCUGGGAUUAGUGUAGGUAAAAACAUUAAAAUGACCUUAACAGAGGCUAAGAAACAAAUGGUAGUGAAACGCGAUUGUGCUGAUUUGCUUCUGGAAGCGCAGGCUGCAACAGGCCAUAUCAUUGACCCUAUAAACAAUAAGAAGUUGACUGUGGCUGAAGCAUGUAACAGUAAUAUAGUUGACAGUGGUGAUCGGGACAGAUUAUUGGAAGCUGAGGCAGCUGCUGUGGGCUACAAAGAUCCAUAUUCAGCCAAACCUCUGUCUGUAUUUGAGGCCAUGAAGAAGGGUCUUGUUGAUGAUGAGACAGGACUUCGUCUGCUACAAGCACAAGACUCUGUUGGAGGUAUUUUAGAUCCAAAUGUCAGUGUGUUCCUUCCAAAAGACACAGCUAUUGAAUGUAAAAUACUGGAUGAAAACACUAAACGUUCCCUGAAUAAGAGUCCAAAGUGUUACAUUGACCCAGAGACGGAGGAAGAUGUAAGUUAUGCUGACUUAAAGAAAAGAUGUAAGACAGAUCCUCAAACAGGCCUGCUCCUUUUACCAGUAACUGAGAAACUGGAUGAAUCUAAACUGAUUUUUGAUGGUGUCCGUAAACCAGUAACAGCAAAACAGUUACAUGAUUGCAAAGUCAUUGAUAAACCUGUACUGAAAGAUCUUCAAACAGGGAAAAAGUCUAUUCCUGAUGUGUCACAAGAGAAAAGAGUUUGUUUAAAGGGCACUGGGCCAAUUGCUGGAAUAAUAGCUGGAAAUAAAGGCCUUUUUACUUUUAAGGAAGCCAAAGAAGAGAACCUUAUGUCACCAGACAGUGCAGAUUUACUGCUGGAAGCACAAGCUGCAACAGGCCACAUCAUUGACCCGAAAAACAACAAGAAACUGACUGUAGAAGAGGCAUGCAAGAAUGACGUGGUGAACAGCACUGAUCAAGACAAAUUAUUAGCUGCAGAAGCAGCUGCUGUAGGGUACAAAGAUCCAUAUUCAGCCAAGCCUCUGUCUGUAUUUGAGGCCAUGAAGAAAGGGCUUGUUGAUGAUGAGACAGGACUUCGUCUGCUUCAAGCACAAGAGUCUGUUGGAGGAAUUUUAGAUCCAAAUCUGAGUGUAUUCCUCCCAAAAGACACAGCUAUUGAACGUAAAAUACUGGAUGAAAACACGAAGUGUUUUCUGAAUAAGAGUCCAAAGUGCUACAUUGAUCCAGAAACAGAGGAAACUGUGAGUUAUGAUAACCUAAAGAAAAGAUGUAAGACAGAUCGUCAAACAGGGCUGCUACUUUUACCAGUAACUGAGAAACUGGAUCCAUCUAAACUGAUUUUUGAUGGUGUCCGUAAGCCUGUUACAGCAAAAGAAUUACGCGAAUGUGAUGUCAUAGACAAGCCAACACUUAAGGACCUGAGGACAGACAAAAAGUCCAUUGCAGAGGUAUCAGUGGACAAAAAAGUAAAUUUAAAGGGAACUGGAUCAAUUGCGGGAAUUGCUGUGGAAAAAAGGGGGAAACUGUCUUUAUCUGAAGCAAAGAAGGAAAUGCUAUUGUCACCAGAGUGUGUCGAUUUACUCCUGGAAGCGCAGGCUGCCACAGGCCAUAUCAUUGAUCCUAAAAACAAUAAGAAGCUGACCGUGGAAGAAGCAUGUACCAAUGAAACAGUUGACAGUGGUGAUCGAGACAGAUUAUUGGAAGCUGAGGCAGCUGCUGUGGGCUACAAAGAUCCAUAUUCAAUUAAACCUCUGUCUGUAUUCGAGGCCAUGAAGAAGGGUCUUGUUGAUGAUGAGACAGGACUUCGUCUGCUACAAGCACAAGACUCUGUUGGAGGUAUUUUAGAUCCAAAUCUAAGUGUGUUUCUCCCAAAAGACACAGCUAUUGAACGUAAAAUACUGGAUGAAAACACUAAACAUUCCUUGAACCAAAGUCCAAAGUGUUACAUUGACCCAGAGACAGAAGAAGCUGUGACUUAUAAUGAUUUGAAGAAAAGGUGUAAAAUAGAGCCUCAUACAGGCCUGCUACUUUUGCCAGUUGCAAAGAAGUUGGAUCCAUCUAAACUGAUAUUUGAUGGUGUUCGUAAACCAGUCACAGCAAAACAGUUGCUUGAAUGUGAAGUCCUGGACAAAGAAACACUUAAAGAUUUGCAGACAGAGAAAAGGUCCAUCCCAGAGGUAUCUGCUGACAAAAGAGUUCACCUAAAGGGGACAGGGCCUAUUGCUGGGAUUGUGACAGGUAAAAACAAAAAAAUGUCACUAGGGGAAGCUAAGAAGCAAAUGCUCUUGCCCCUAGAAUGUGCUGAUUUGCUCUUGGAAGCGCAGGCUGCAACAGGUCAUAUCAUUGACCUUAAAAAGAAUAAGAAGCUGACCGUAGAAGAAGCCUGUACCAAAGAAGUGGUGGACAACAGUGAUCAAGAAAGAUUAUUGGAAGCUGAGGAAGCUGCAGUGGGCUACAAAGAUCCAUAUUCAUCCAAACCUCUGUCUGUAUUUGAGGCCAUGAAGAAGGGACUUGUUGAUGAUGAGACAGGACUUCGUCUGCUGCAAGCACAAGACUCUGUUGGAGGUAUUUUAGAUCCAAAUCUGAGUGUGUUCCUCCCUAAAGACACAGCGAUUAAACGUAAAAUAUUGGAUGAAAACACUAAACGUUCUCUAGACAAGAAUCCCAAGUGUUACAUUGACCCAGAGACGGACGAAGCUGUAAGUUAUAAUGACUUAAAGAAAAGAUGUAAGACAGAGCCUCACACAGGGCUGCUACUUUUACCAGUGACUGACAAACUGGAUCCAUCUAAACUGACUUUUGAUGGAGUUCGCAAGCCAGUCACAGCAAAACAGUUACAUGAUUGCAAAGUCAUAGACAAGCCUACAUUGAAAGAUCUUCAAACAGGGAAAAAGUCUGUCCCAGAGGUGUCUGAAAAGAAAAAAGUUAAUCUUAAAGGAACUGGCCCAAUUGCUGGAUUAACUGCUGAAAAUGAAGAAAAGGUUUCUUUUGUAGAAGGCAAGAAAAAUGCGCUUUUAUCACCUGAGUGUGCAGAUUUGUUGCUGGAGGCACAGGCUGCAACAGGACACAUAAUUGAUCCAAAACACAAUAAGAAACUGACAGUAGAAGAGGCUUGUAACAAAAAAGUGGUGAACAUCAGUGAUCGAGAACGUCUACUAGCCGCAGAGAAAGCUGCUGUGGGCUACAAAGAUCCAUAUUCAGUCAAGCCUCUGUCUGUAUUUGAGGCCAUGAAGAAGGGUCUUGUUGACGAUGAGACAGGACUUCGUCUAUUACAAGCACAAGACUCAGUUGGAGGUAUUUUGGACCCAAAUCUGAGUGUGUUCCUCCCAAAAGACACAGCUAUUGAACGGAAAAUACUGGAUGAAAACACUGACAGUUCACUGACACAAAAUCCCAGGUGUUACAUUGACCCAGAGACAGAGGAAGCAUUAAGUUAUAAUGAUUUAAAGAAAAGAUGCAAGACAGAUCCUAAAACAGGACUGCUCCUAUUGCCAAUAACAAAGAAACUAGAUGAAUCUCAACUGAUUUUUGAUGGUGUUCGUAAACCAGUCACAGCCAAGCAACUACAAGAAUGUGAAGUAAUUGAUGAACCCACAUUUAAAGAACUUGAGAAGACCAAAAAGUCUGUCAAAGAGGUGUCUGAAGACAAAAAAGUGAACCUCAAGGGAACUGGGUCAAUUGCUGCAGUUAUAACUGACAAAAACAGAAUAGUCCCAUUAAAUGAAGCAAAAGAGAAAAUGCUUUUGCCUCCUGAUUGUGCUGAUUUGCUGCUUGAAGCGCAGGCUGCAACAGGUCAUAUAAUUGACCCUAAAAACAAUAAGAAGCUGACUGUGGAUGAAGCAUGUACUAAUAAAACAGUUGACAGUGGUGAUCGAGAUAGAUUAUUGGCUGCAGAGAAAGCUGCCGUGGGCUACAAAGAUCCAUAUUCAGCCAAACCUCUGUCUGUAUUUGAGGCCAUGAAGAAGGGUCUUGUUGAUGAUGAGACAGGAAUUCGUCUGCUACAGGCACAAGAUUCUGUUGGAGGUAUUUUAGAUCCAAAGCUAAGUGUGUUCCUUCCAAAAGAUACAGCUAUUGAACGUAAAAUACUGGAUGAAAACACUAAACGCUCCCUGAACAAGAAUCCCAAGUGUUACAUUGACCCAGACACGGAAGAAGCUGUAAGUUAUAAUGACUUAAAGAAAAGAUGUAAGACAGAGCCUAAAACAGGCCUGCUACUUUUACCAGUAACUGAGAAACUGGAUCCAUCUGAACUGAUUUUUGAUGGUAUUCGCAAACCAGUCACAGCAAAACAGUUACAUGAUUGCAAAGUCGUAGACAAACCUACACUGAAAGAUCUUCAAACAGGGAAAAAGUCUGUCCCAGAGGUGUCUGAAAAGAAAAAAGUUAAUCUUAAAGGAACUGGCCCAAUUGCUGGAUUAACUGCUGAAAAUGAAGAAAAGGUUUCUUUUGUAGAAGGCAAGAAAAAUGCGCUUUUAUCACCUGAGUGUGCAGAUUUGCUGCUGGAGGCCCAGGCUGCAACAGGACACAUAAUUGAUCCAAAACACAAUAAGAAACUGACAGUAGAAGAGGCUUGUAACAAAAAAGUGCUGGACAUCAGUGAUCGAGACCGUCUACUGGCCGCAGAGAAAGCUGCUGUGGGCUACAAAGAUCCAUAUUCAGCCAAGCCUCUGUCAGUAUUUGAGGCCAUGAAGAAGGGGCUUGUUGACAAUGAAAAAGGACUUCGUCUUCUGCAAGCACAGGAGUCUGUUGGGGGUAUUUUAGAUCCAAAUCUGAGUGUUUUCCUCCCAAAAGACACAGCUAUUGAACGUAAAAUACUGGAUGAAAACACUAACCGUUCUUUGACAAAGAAUCCUAAGUGUUACAUUGACCCAGAGACAGAGGAAGCUGUAAGUUAUAAUGAUUUAAAGAAAAGAUGCAAGACAGAUCCUAAAACAGGACUGCUCCUAUUGCCAAUAACAAAGAAACUAGAUGAAUCUCAACUGAUUUUUGAUGGUGUUCGUAAACCAGUCACAGCCAAGCAACUACAAGAAUGUGAAGUAAUUGAUGAACCCACAUUUAAAGAACUUGAGAAGACCAAAAAGUCUGUCAAAGAGGUGUCUGAAGACAAAAAAGUGAACCUCAAGGGAACUGGGUCAAUUGCUGCAGUUAUAACUGACAAAAACAGAAUAGUCCCAUUAAAUGAAGCAAAAGAGAAAAUGCUUUUGCCUCCUGAUUGUGCUGAUUUGCUGCUUGAAGCGCAGGCUGCAACAGGUCAUAUAAUUGACCCUAAAAACAAUAAGAAGCUGACUGUGGAUGAAGCAUGUACUAAUAAAACAGUUGACAGUGGUGAUCGAGAUAGAUUAUUGGCUGCAGAGAAAGCUGCCGUGGGCUACAAAGAUCCAUAUUCUGCCAAACCUCUGUCUGUAUUUGAGGCCAUGAAGAAGGGUCUUGUUGAUGAUGAGACAGGAAUUCGUCUGCUACAGGCACAAGAUUCUGUUGGAGGUAUUUUAGAUCCAAAGCUAAGUGUGUUCCUUCCAAAAGAUACAGCUAUUGAACGUAAAAUACUGGAUGAAAACACUAAACGCUCCCUGAACAAGAAUCCCAAGUGUUACAUUGACCCAGACACGGAAGAAGCUGUAAGUUAUAAUGACUUAAAGAAAAGAUGUAAGACAGAGCCUAAAACAGGCCUGCUACUUUUACCAGUAACUGAGAAACUGGAUCCAUCUGAACUGAUUUUUGAUGGUAUUCGCAAACCAGUCACAGCAAAACAGUUACAUGAUUGCAAAGUCGUAGACAAACCUACACUGAAAGAUCUUCAAACAGGGAAAAAGUCUGUCCCAGAGGUGUCUGAAAAGAAAAAAGUUAAUCUUAAAGGAACUGGCCCAAUUGCUGGAUUAAUUGCUGAAAAUGAAGAAAAGGUUUCUUUUGUAGAAGGCAAGAAGAAUGCAUUUUUAUCACCUGAUUGUGCAGAUUUGUUGCUGGAGGCACAGGCUGCAACAGGACACAUAAUUGAUCCAAAACACAAUAAGAAACUGACAGUAGAAGAGGCUUGUAACAAAAAAGUGUUGGACAUCAGUGAUCGAGAUCGUCUACUGGCCGCAGAGAAAGCUGCUGUGGGCUACAAAGAUCCAUAUUCAGCCAAGCCUCUGUCAGUAUUUGAGGCCAUGAAGAAGGGGCUUGUUGACAAUGAAAAAGGACUUCGUCUUCUGCAAGCACAGGAGUCUGUUGGGGGUAUUUUAGAUCCAAAUCUGAGUGUUUUCCUCCCAAAAGACACAGCUAUUGAAUGUAAAAUACUGGAUGAAAACACUAACCGUUCUUUGACAAAGAAUCCUAAGUGUUACAUUGACCCAGAGACAGAGGAAGCUGUAAGUUAUAAUGAUUUAAAGAAAAAGUGUAAGACAGAUCCUAAAACAGGCCUGCUCCUUUUGCCAGUGACAAAGAAACUAGAUGAAUCUCAAAUGAUUUUUGAUGGUGUCCGUAAACCAGUCACAGCCAAGCAACUACAAGAAUGUAAAGUCAUAGAUGAGCCCACAUUAAAAGAACUUGAGAAGACCAAAAAGUCUGUCAAAGAGGUGUCUGAAGACAAAAAAGUGAACCUCAAGGGAACUGGGUCAAUUGCUGCAGUUAUAACUGACAAAAACAGAGUAGUUUCAUUAAACGAAGCAAAAGAGAAAAUGCUUUUGCCUCCUGAUUGUGCUGAUUUGCUGCUUGAAGCACAGGCUGCAACAGGCCAUAUAAUUGACCCUAAAAACAAUAAGAAGUUAACUGUGGAUGAAGCAUGUACCAAUAAAACAGUUGACAGUGGUGAUCGAGAUAGAUUACUGGCUGCAGAGAAAGCUGCUGUGGGCUACAAAGAUCCAUAUUCUGCCAAACCUCUGUCUGUAUUUGAGGCCAUGAAGAAGGGUCUUGUUGAUGAUGAGACAGGAAUUCGUCUGCUACAAGCACAAGAUUCUGUUGGGGGUAUUUUAGAUCCAAUGCUAAGUGUGUUCCUUCCAAAAGACACAGCUAUUGAACGUAAAAUAUUGGAUGAAAACACUAAACGUUCUCUAGACAAGAAUCCCAAGUGUUACACUGACCCAGAGACGGAAGAAGCUGUAAGUUAUAAUGACUUAAAGAAAAGAUGUAAGACAGAGCCUAAAACAGGCCUGCUACUUUUACCAGUAACUGAGAAACUGGAUCCAUCUGAACUGAUUUUUGAUGGUAUUCGCAAACCAGUCACAGCAAAACAGUUACUUGAUUGCAAAGUCGUAGACAAACCUACACUGAAAGAUCUUCAAACAGGGAAAAAGUCUGUCCCAGAGGUGUCUGAAAAGAAAAAAGUUAAUCUUAAAGGAACUGGCCCAAUUGCUGGAUUAAUUGCUGAAAAUGAAGAAAAGGUUUCUUUUGUAGAAGGCAAGAAGAAUGCAUUUUUAUCACCUGAUUGUGCAGAUUUGUUGCUGGAGGCACAGGCUGCAACAGGACACAUAAUUGAUCCAAAACACAAUAAGAAACUGACAGUAGAAGAGGCUUGUAACAAAAAAGUGUUGGACAUCAGUGAUCGAGACCGUCUAUUGGCCGCAGAGAAAGCUGCUGUGGGCUACAAAGAUCCAUAUUCAGCCAAGCCUCUGUCAGUAUUUGAGGCCAUGAAGAAGGGGCUUGUUGACAAUGAAAAAGGACUUCGUCUUCUGCAAGCACAGGAGUCUGCUGGGGGUAUUUUAGAUCCAAAUCUGAGUGUUUUCCUCCCAAAAGACACAGCUAUUGAAUGUAAAAUACUGGAUGAAAACACUAACCGUUCUUUGACAAAGAAUCCUAAGUGUUACAUUGACCCAGAGACAGAGGAAGCUGUAAGUUAUAAUGAUUUAAAGAAAAAGUGUAAGACAGAUCCUAAAACAGGCCUGCUCCUUUUGCCAGUGACAAAGAAACUAGAUGAAUCUCAAAUGAUUUUUGAUGGUGUCCGUAAACCAGUCACAGCCAAGCAACUACAAGAAUGUAAAGUCAUAGAUGAGCCCACAUUAAAAGAACUUGAGAAGUCCAAAAAGUCUGUCAAAGAGGUGUCUGAAGACAAAAAAGUGUACCUCAAGGGAACUGGGUCAAUUGCUGCAGUUAUAACUGACAAAAACAGAGUAGUCCCAUUAAACAUAGCAAAAGAGAAAAUGCUUUUGCCUCCUGAUUGCGCUGAUUUGCUGCUUGAAGCACAGGCUGCAACAGGCCAUAUCAUUGACCCUAAAAACAAUAAGAAGUUAACUGUGGAUGAAGCAUGUAACAGUAAUAUAGUUGACAGUGGUGAUAGAGAUAGAUUACUGGCUGCAGAGAAAGCUGCCGUGGGCUAUAAAGAUCCAUAUUCAGCCAAACCUCUGUCUGUAUUUGAGGCCAUGAAGAAGGGUCUUGUUGAUGAUAAGACAGGACUCCGUCAGUUACAAGCACAAGACUCUGUUGGAGGUAUUUUAGAUCCAAUGCUAAGUGUUUUCCUUCCAAAAGACACAGCUAUUGAACGUAAAAUACUGGAUGAAAACACUAAACGUUCUCUAGACAAGAAUCCCAAGUGUUACACUGACCCAGAGACGGAAGAAGCUGUAAGUUAUAAUGACUUAAAGAAAAGAUGUAAGACAGAGCCUAAAACAGGCCUGCUACUUUUACCAGUAACUGAGAAACUGGAUCCAUCUGAACUGAUUUUUGAUGGUAUUCGCAAACCAGUCACAGCAAAACAGUUAUAUGAUUGCAAAAUCGUAGACAAGCCUACAUUGAAAGAUCUUCAAACAGGGGAAAAGUCUGUCCCAGAGGUGUCUGAAGACAAAAAAGUGUACCUCAAGGGAACUGGGUCAAUUGCUGCAGUUAUAACUGACAAAAACAGAGUAGUCCCAUUAAACAUAGCAAAAGAGAAAAUGCUUUUGCCUCCUGAUUGCGCUGAUUUGCUGCUUGAAGCACAGGCUGCAACAGGCCAUAUCAUUGACCCUAAAAACAAUAAGAAGUUAACUGUGGAUGAAGCAUGUAACAGUAAUAUAGUUGACAGUGGUGAUAGAGAUAGAUUACUGGCUGCAGAGAAAGCUGCCGUGGGCUAUAAAGAUCCAUAUUCAGCCAAACCUCUGUCUGUAUUUGAGGCCAUGAAGAAGGGUCUUGUUGAUGAUAAGACAGGACUCCGUCAGUUACAAGCACAAGACUCUGUUGGAGGUAUUUUAGAUCCAAUGCUAAGUGUUUUCCUUCCAAAAGACACAGCUAUUGAACGUAAAAUACUGGAUGAAAACACUAAACGUUCUCUAGACAAGAAUCCCAAGUGUUACACUGACCCAGAGACGGAAGAAGCUGUAAGUUAUAAUGACUUAAAGAAAAGAUGUAAGACAGAGCCUAAAACAGGCCUGCUACUUUUACCAGUAACUGAGAAACUGGAUCCAUCUGAACUGAUUUUUGAUGGUAUUCGCAAACCAGUCACAGCAAAACAGUUAUAUGAUUGCAAAAUCGUAGACAAGCCUACAUUGAAAGAUCUUCAAACAGGGGAAAAGUCUGUCCCAGAGGUGUGUGAAGACAAAAAAGUUCAUCUUAAAGGAACUGGCCCAAUUGCUGGAUUAAUUGCUGAAAAUGAAGAAAAGGUUUCUUUUGUAGAAGGCAAGAAGAAUGCAUUUUUAUCACCUGAGUGUGCAGAUUUGCUGCUGGAGGCACAGGCUGCAACAGGACACAUAAUUGAUCCAAAACAAAAUAAGAAACUGACAGUAGAAGAGGCUUGUAACAAAAAAUUGUUGGACAUCGGUGAUCGAGACCGACUACUGGCUGCAGAGAAAGCUGCUGUGGGCUACAAAGAUCCAUAUUCAGCCAAGCCUCUGUCUGUAUUUGAGGCCAUGAACAAGAGACUAGUUGAUGAUAAGACAGGACUUCGUCUACUGCAAGCACAAGACUCUGUUGGAGGUAUUCUAGAUCCAAAUCUGAGUGUGUUCCUCCCCAAAGACACAGCAAUUAAGCGUAAUCUUUUGGAUGAAGACAUAUGGAAUGCAUUAAAUGUAAAUCCUAAAUGUUACAUUGACCCAGAAACUAGGAAAAACGUCAGCUAUAAGGCUUUAAAAGACAAAUGCACAACAGAUACAGAUACUGAACUAAAAUUCUUACCAGUCUCAAAAAGUAUUGAUCCUUCCAACCUGAUCUUUGAUGGUGUCCGAAAAUCAAUUUCAGCACAACAAUUACUGGAAUUUGGGAUUAUUGAUAAAUACACAUUUAAUCAGCUAAUUAGGGGUUCAAAAUCUGUCAGUGAAGUCUUUGUUGAUAAAAUGGUUUUCCUCAAAGGAACAGGGUCAAUUGCAGGUGUAGCCGUUGGCCCACAGCAAAAAAUGUCUUUUACAGAGGCAAAAAAACUGAAAAUAAUGUCUCCUGAUUGUACGGACCUUCUGUUGGAGGCCCAAGCAGCAACAGGACUCAUCAUUGAUCCAAAAACAAAUGAAAAAAUGACCGUUAAGGAAGCUUGUGCCAAAGGUGUUGUGGAUAAAAAUGAUGAAUCAAGAUUAUGUGCAGCUGAAGCAGCAGCAGUCGGUUACAAAGAUCCUACUACUAAUGAUAUUUUGUCAGCUGGACAAGCCUUUAAAAGAGGAUUAAUAGACAGGGAUACAGCUUUGCGAGUUCUUCAAGCCCAAGAAGCUGCUGGAGGAAUAUUGGAUCCAGUUCUGAGCAUCUUCUUCCCUAAGAACAUUGCUUUGACUCGAAAUCUAAUAGAUGAGGAUAUAUACCAUACACUAAAUACAGGUCCCCAAGUCUAUUUGGACCCAGACACUCAAGAAGCAACUAAUUAUAUUUCCAUAAAGAAAAAGUGUAAGGCUGAUCCAAAUACAGGUCUUUUACUACUACCUAAACCCCAAAAUCGUGUGACUUUCCAGGGAUUCCGGCGCCAAGUGUCACUAGUUGAACUAGUUAAUGCACAUUUGUUGGAACAGUCUGAUGUGAAGCUUUUUGAAGAAGGUAAAAUAACCAAGCAGGAUAUUGAAGACCGUUUACGUCGAUAUUUGAGAGGGUCAACGUGCAUCGCAGGUAUCUAUCAUGAAGCUUGUGAUCAAGUUAUGACCAUUUAUCAAGGAAUGAAAAUUGGUUUAUUGCGACCUGGAACGACUCUGGAAUUACUUGAAGCCCAGGCAGCAUCAGGUUUUAUAAUUGAUCCAGUCAACAAUGAGUAUUUGUCUGUCAGUGAUGCCUACAGUAAAAGAAUCUUUGGGCCAGAGUUUAAGGCAAAGUUGUUGUCUGCAGAAAGAGCUGUAACUGGAUACAGAAUGCCUGGCACUGACAGAACCAUCUCCCUAUUUCAGGCAAUGGAUAAAGGUCUUAUAGAAAGAGGCCAUGGGAUUCGUUUACUGGAAGCUCAGAUUGCAAGUGGUGGCAUCAUUGAUCCUGAGCAUAGCCAUCGUAUAGAUGUUAAUAUAGCCUAUCAAAAGGGUUAUUUCAAUGAAGAAAUGAACAAGAUUCUGACUGAUGACAGUGACGACACAAAAGGUUUCUUUGAUCCAAACACACAGGAAAAUCUGACUUAUCUGGAACUUCAGAAACGCUGUAUUAAAGACAAAACAACUGGGCUUCUUCUUUUACCAAUUGUUGAUAAGAAAAAAUAUGAAAAGACCCAAAAGAACACCUUGAGGAAAAGGAAAGUUGUUAUUGUGGACCCAGAGACUAAUAAAGAAAUGACCGUGCGUGAAGCUUAUGACAAAGGAUACAUUGAUGAGGAAACCUAUUUGGAACUUGCCCAGCAAGAGUGCGAGUGGGAAGAGAUAACAUCAACUGCACCAGAUGGUUCUACUCAAUUUAUGAUUGUUGACAGAAAAACAGGGAGACAAUUUGACAUUGGUGACCUUCUUGAACAAGGUGUGAUCAACCAGGUAAUUCUGCAAAGGUACAGAUCCAACAUGAUUACGCUAACAGACUUUGCUGAUAUUAUAAUUGAAAAAACUAAACAUAGUUCCUAUUCUCCAAGACGACCUGUAGUUUCAAACAUAUCUUCUGUGGGAUCUUCUGCAUUCACAUACAAAACAAGUGCUGAACCAAGUACCACAGCCUUAACUUCAAUAGCAACAUCACCCUCAACUACUCAGUUUACACAAACUAAACAUGGUUCAUUUGAUUCUGUAAAGGAAUCCACAACCUCAAACAUAUCUUCUGUAAAAUCAUCUACAUUUACAUCUACAACAAGUGCUAAGUCAAGUGCAUCUUCAUGGACGACAUCAUCGUCAUCUUCAGACUUUUUACCGUCAGCUGCAGCAACAUUUUCAGCUACUCAAGUAACAGACACCAGCUGUGACAAAACAAAAGAUGAUACAAUUGAUUCUUCGAGACCGUCUACACUUUCAAGUACAUCCUUUGUGAAAACACCUACAAUUUCUUCUAAAAUGAGUCCUGAAUCUAACACAUCUUUACUGGCAUCAACCUUAUCAUCAGUUUCAACUAGUUUCCCUGCUGAAUCAACAGAUGCAAUCGGUGAAACUAAACAAGUAUCAUUUUCUUCCACAAAUCAGUCAACUGUUCCCAAAAUAUAUGCUGUAAGGUCUUCUACAUUCACAUCUGAAAGUAGUAUUGAGUCAUGGACAUCUGUACCAACCUCACUAUCGGACGCAACUGCUCAAAUAACAGAUAUCACCACUCAACACAGCGAUGAUGGUUCUGAAAGAGAGCCUGUAAUCUCUGUGAAAUCUUCAGCAAUCACAUCCAAAACUAUGGGAGACUCAAAAAGACCACCACUGUCAACAUCAAAUGCAACUACCUCCUCAACUGCUCAACAAGACAUCUCUAAUGAUACAAUGAAACGUGGUUCAUUGGACUCUACUAGACAAGUCACUGUUACAAAUAUAUCUUAUACAAAAGCACCCACUGUCACAUCAAUGAGUGCAGAGUCUAAUCUGUCUUCGCUGGGGUCAAUGUCUACUUCAUCUAGUCAUGGUUCAGUUAGUUCUACAAAGCUCUAUUCUACAUUCACAACCAAAACUCAAGAGCAGGCAAGUACAUCUCCACAUGCAUCAUCAGCUGCAACUGCUCAAAUAACAGAUAUUGACACUGAUAAAACUCAACACGGCGAUGAUGUUUCUGCCAGAGGGUCUUUAGUCUCUUUGAAAUCUUCAACAAUCACAUCCAAAACUAUUGCAGGCUCAAAUACAUCUUCAGAGACACAACCUUCACCAUCAGCUGCAACUACCUCCUCAGCUGUUCAAUUAAAAGAUAUCACUGGUGAUACAGCUAAGCAUGGUUCAUUGGGCUCUACUAUAGAAUUCACUGUUUCGAAUAUCUCUUCUAUGAAAACACCCACAGUCACAUCAGUGAGUGCAGAGUCUAAUCCACCUUCGCUGGGAUCAAUGUCUCCUUCAUCUAGUUAUGAUUCAGUUAGUUCUACAAAGCGUUAUUCUACAUUCACAACCAAAACUCAAGAGCAGUCAAGUACAUCUCCUCUUGAAUCAUCAUCAUCAGCUACAGUGGCCUCAGUGUCACCUGGCAUUAUCAGUGAGAAAUGUAAAUAUGGUGCAUUUGAUUUUUCAAGAUCCCCUGGAGUUUAUGUGACAACUACUACAAUUACAUCAAAAACUGGUGUGGAACCAAGUGCAUCCACAAUGCUAUCAACAUUAUCCUCAGAUGCUUCAUCAUCAUCAUCAUCAUCAUCAUCAUCAAUCACAAGAACAACAAGAAGAACAGUUACAGAGGAACACUCAUCACUAAGUACUGUGGGUGAUGAGUCUCCUGAUUCCAAGCAUAGUUCAAGUGUUUCUUUUACUUUGACCACCCCUGUUGAAAUAGUUAUAACAGAAACAAAUCCAGUAGGUGCCAUCUUUGACACAGAUACCCUAGAGAAAAUAACUAUAACUGAAGCUGUCAACCGUGGCCUUGUAGAUUCCAUCACUGGUCAAAGACUUUUAGAGGCACAAGCUUGUACUGGAGGAAUAAUUGAUCCAGCAAAUGGCCACAGAGUAAGCAUUCAAGAGGCAUGUCGCAUAGGCUUAAUAACGUAUGACAUGCACAAUAAACUCAAGCCAGCACAAAAGGCAUACAUUGGCUUUGAAGAUGUUAAAACCAAAAGAAAAAUGUCUGCUGCUGAAGCCAUUAAGGAAAGGUGGCUUCCAUAUGAAGCAGGACAGAGAUUCUUGGAAUACCAGUAUGUGACAGGGGGACUCUAUGACCCACAAAUGGGCUGCAGAAGAACCAUUCAUGAUAUAUUGAGCUUGGGCUGGGUGGAUGUAAGAACAGCUCAGAAGCUCCAAAAUUUCAGCCAGCACACUAAGAAUCUAACAUGUCCUAAGAGCAAACUCAAAAUCAGUUACAAGGAUGCGCUUGACAAUUGCAUGCUGGAGGAAGACACAGGUGUAAAAAUGCUUCAGGCCUCAUCAGUGUCCUCCAGAGGGAUCAGCAGUCCAUACAACGCUUCUUCUGCCCCAGGAUCACAUUCAGGUUCAAGGAGUGGGUCCAGGCUGGGCUCCCGCAGAAGCAGUGUGGACCUAGGAUCAAGUUCAAUGACUAGCCGCUACAGUCACACAACCUUCACUGUGUUUUCAUCUACAAAAUAAUACAAAACAAAAUAAAUAAAUAAAUAAAAAUACAACAUAAAUAGGUGUUAAGGCAUUUGUAAUUUUGUGCUACAAAAAAGAAUGUUUGUUUUUUUACUGAGUGUUAAUACUGGGUAUUGUGAUAAUUGGUAAUUGAUAUAUUAUGUAGUACAUACAUAUGGAGUGCAUUUUUUCCAAUGAAAUCUUUAACUCUACACAGACAUUUUGUCAGUACUUCUUUAAUAUAACCCACUAGGUGCUUUGUUUUGGAAAUAUGCAUAAUUGUCUUCACUGUGUUUUCUACAAUGUUUAUUAGUUUAUUGGGAACUUUAUUGCAUUUUUCUUGAAACAAAUUGAUUGGAUUUUGUUAAAAUUGAUCAAAAUAAAGAUUCAACUUCUGAUA